UUUGUUUGGCCGCCUCUCACAAAUCGCUUGGUCUCGGUUUUCGUAUUACAUUCCCCGAAUCGUUUUGUCUGUCGAAACCCACUAUUCCGGCUCCGUAUUCCUUUUUGGGACCGAUUCGAUUUGAUUCGAUUCCAUGCAGUUCAAUUCAUUUCUAUCUUUAACGUGACGUUCUCUCUCUUAUUUCAUCAUCUUCCGUGAAGAACCAAAGCCAAAGUUGAAGAGAAUUAAAUUAAAGACUGAAAAGUGAAACCCCCAAUUUUUCUAGGGUUUGAGAGGUUCAUUAUUUUGUUUUCGUGUGGAAUUCUACAUGGGUGAAUAUGAAGAGAUUGGAGCUGAUAUUUGCUCGGAUAUUGAAGUUGAUGAUAUAAGGUGUGGAAAUAUAGCGGAAAAAGAUGUCAGUGAUGAGGAGAUUGAAGCAGAAGAAUUGGAAAGGCGGAUGUGGAAGGACCGAAUCAAACUUAAAAGGAUCAAGGAAAAAGAGAAGCUUGCGGCGUUACAAGCUGCAGAGAAGCAAAAACCUAAGCAGACAACUGAUCAGGCUCGGAGGAAGAAAAUGUCUAGAGCCCAAGAUGGAAUUCUUAAGUAUAUGUUGAAGUUAAUGGAAGUGUGCCAAGCACGUGGGUUUGUCUACGGGAUCAUUCCUGAGAAGGGUAAGCCCAUGACCGGUUCGUCUGAUAAUAUUAGAGCUUGGUGGAAAGAAAAGGUAAAGUUUGAUAAGAAUGGCCCUGCUGCCAUAGCAAAGUAUGAAGCAGAAUGUUUAGCCAUGUGUGAGGCAGAGAAUAAUCAAAAUGGGAACUCGCAGAGCAUUCUUCAAGAUCUGCAAGACGCAACUCUAGGUUCUCUCUUGUCUUCUUUGAUGCAACAUUGUGAUCCUCCUCAGAGGAAGUACCCAUUGGAGAAGGGAAUUCCACCACCUUGGUGGCCUACUGGGAAUGAAGAUUGGUGGGUAAAAUUAGGGCUACCCCAUGGUCAGAGUCCUCCAUAUAAAAAGCCACAUGAUCUGAAAAAGAUGUGGAAAGUAGGGGUGUUAACAGCAGUGAUAAAGCAUAUGUCUCCUGAUAUAGCAAAGAUCAGGAGGCAUGUCCGUCAGUCAAAGUGCUUACAGGAUAAGAUGACUGCAAAGGAAAGUGCAAUCUGGUUGGGGGUUUUGAACCGGGAAGAAUCUCUCAUCCGGCAACCUAGCAGUGAUAAUGGAACCUCUGGGAUAACUGAAAUGCGUGUGGAUGGCAACGGUAAUAAGAAGCGACCUACCAUUAGUAGUAAUAGCAACUAUGAUGUUGAUGGUAUUGAUGAUGGUGUGGGUUCUGUCUCAUCCAAAGACAGCAGGGAAAAUCAACUGAUGGAUGUAGAGCCAGCAAGUGGUCUUGGCAAUUCCACACCCCCUCCUGGCCAAGAAAAUAGACGGCAACCAAAAAAGCGCAAGACAGGUGGACACCGCGGGAAACCAAGGCCUGCUAAUCAAGCGCCUAGAAUGUCUCACAAUGAGUGCCAACAUGAUGAGCCAAGAAGAACUUUGCCUGACAUAAAUGAUACUGAUAUACCCCUUAUUGAUUACAAUACACAUGAUAAUCAACAGGAAAACAUUGCAGUCACAGCAUUGAGGCCCCCAGACGUAGGUUUUGAGGGCUCAGCACCAAUAACAGCAUCUGGGUUCAACAAUUUGUCCCUUGUUCCUUCUGCCGGUCUUGUUUCUACGCAGAGCAUGUAUGUGGACGAAACGCCUAUGCUUUAUCCCAUGGUGCCAAAUGCUGAGUUACAACGUGUUGCUACUUAUGAUGUCUAUAAUCCAUCAUUUGAAGUGGGACCUGGUCAUGAUUUGACGCAUGGUCAGAUGGAUAUGAAUGUGUCACAGAUUAGGCCAAAGGUUGAUGGAGGCUAUGUAGAAGCAUUAGAUAGAAAUGAAAAUGGCAUUAGCACUGGUGGACUGGAACCUUAUAUUAAAGACACAUUUCAGAGUGAACCAGAAAGGCCUGUUGAUACAUUUGGACCUUCAAUUGAUAGCCCAUUGAUUGAUUUCGGUGGACUCAGCAGUCCAUUUUAUCCUGGAAUUGACGGCACAAGUAUUGAUGACCUCUUCUCUGAUAAUGACUACCUACAAUACUUUGGGGCAUGAUUUGCAAAUGGGCUGCAAAAACGUGGCACUCAUUGCUGACCUGGUUGAAGGACCUUUCCUUAGCCAUUGUUUUGUGAGUACAGGUCAAGACUGUAAGUUAUGAACAUAAUUUUAAUUCUCUUGUGCAACUCAUUGUUUUCAGAACAAAUGAACGGAGGCAUGAUGACUUCUUGUAAAUGAUCAAUUUGUUAGACUGGCGAAAUGAUUAAAUUAUAAUAAUUUCUAAUUUCUCUGGAAUUCCUAAUAAAUAAGCUCAUAUUGUGUUCUUUCAUGUAUGAUGCCAAUAGAUUUCUAUUUUUUGUUUACUUCCUUUGAUGACUCUUCUCCCUUCAGUAACUUAUAUUGAUACCUACAAUCAUUGUUUUCUUGUGCAAACUUAAGCUUCUUUGUUACCCUAAUUCAUUGAUGCCGGAGCUCUGAUAUUGCUGGUGUAUCUUGUCAUAUCACAUUUAUUAGUUUUGUAGGAUUUAAUCUUAGCUUAGUGUCUGUUCAGGAUUCAAUGGCAGCCGACAAAGAAAGGUUUUACUUGAAUCUGGGAUUUGUUAUCACUAGAUUGACUACCCUGGAGAAGAUCUCAUGCAGGGUCAAAAAAAGUCUGAUAUGUACCUGCCAACUAAUUUAGCCAGCUUGAAACAGUUUGGGUCUAGGUUGAAUUUUUUCUAUUGUGUGAAACUUUCUAGCAUGAAACUAAAGUCUGAUGAUGUACCUGCCAACCAAUUUGCAUUGCUUAUGCAAUAAGAAACCGGUCUUAUAGUCCAUUCUGGGCGCAUUUAUAUCCAUAGUACCUGAAAUGAUCAUUAACAUUAGUCAGCGUCACCUUCAAAAAAGGAUGAAAUUCUGAUGUUAAACACUGUUUAGAGUAUAUUGAACCAUAGAUAGUAAUCUGACUCUUAUAAUUCAUAUGCAUUUCUGUAAUUAGAUAAUGUAGUCUUCAAUAAUAAUACAUCAUAGGGGCUCAAUCUUUAUGUUUCCUACCAUUUUUUUUAUUUACUGUGGUGUAUUUUACUAAAUUUUUUGUUGUUUUAAAUGAUGUUGGGAAAAAUUAAAUUGGUUCUUUUAGAAGUGUAAGAUAGUUGAUGAAGUUAUGUAAAUCUAUUUCCAUGUGAAUCUAUUUCCAGAAUGAACCUUAAUUUCGA